AUGUUAUUUUCCAUUCAGUCAGGAUCCUCCAAGACGGCAGGUCGUGUGAUACUGGCCACUGCAAAUGAUUACUGCAAACUCUGCGAUGCUUCUUUUAGCUCCCCAGCUGUGGCACAGGCACAUUAUCAAGGAAAGAACCAUGCCAAGAGACUGCGGCUAGCAGAGGCUCAGAAAUCCAAUUCAUUUUUAGAGGCAACAGAGCUCACAAAGAGAAGACCAAGGAAAGAAGGGAAUGAAUUUAAAAUUGUGCCAAAUCGUCGCAAUCUACAUGGAGUUCAAAACACACUAGGUCCUUACUCUAAUCCACGCUCCCGUCAGCGGAUUCCACGUGACUUAGCAAUGUGUGUGACACCAAGUGGACAGUUCUACUGUUCCAUGUGUAAUAUUGGUGCCAGUGAGGAACAAGAAUUUCGGCUUCAUCUUGAAAGCAAAUUGCAUAAGAGCAAGGUGUCAGAGCAACGAUAUCGCAAUGAGAUGGAAAACCUUGGCUAUGCAUGAAGCCUUGGAAAUAAGUGCAUCUUGAAACUUUAUGAAAUGGUUAUAAUUGUUGAUGAUACAUUCACAAUUUCUGUAUAGAAAACUUAAAGACUUGAUCAUUAAGAAAAAAAUCAUAGAAUCCAUUUUUUAAUUGUACAGAAGUUUGCUGUUUAUUGUCAAAAUGUACUUUGUAUUCUCUUAACAUUUUAAUUUAAUGUUUAAUGCUAAUUUGUGUCUAGAAAACCUCCAUCUGUUGCUAAGAUUUAUCCCUUAAAGGGAUGUUUGUGAAACUGGUUACAUGCUGCUUCUGCAGAUGGUUUGGUAGCAUUCAAGCAAUGUAAUAUUUGUUUUUCUCAUGGAAUAUUUUCUAACAAAAUGUUCAGCUUUCUUGGAAUUUUAAUGUAAUUUUAAGCAGUCUCUUUAAUAUUCAAUUUCCUUUUGAUUUACAGUCUAUAAUGAUCAUCUGCAGUUAAUUCAAAAGGUGAUAUACAAAUAAAUGUUCAACACUGAAUCAUUCAUUUAUUGUUGAAUGAUUUUUGUAUAGAGAGUUUCACCGUCGGUCUCCCUGUGGAAAAAAUAGAUACAAAAGUGCAAUAAUAUGUUAAUACAUGUUGUUUCAUUUUCUUUAAUUCAUUUUUAAAAAUUUUGUUUGAAAUGUGUUAAUGACACUAUU